CUAACUUUCCCCAAAACUUUCAGAUGCACACACACUCACAUUCACACACACUCACACGCACACACACGCACACACACACACGCAGCUGGAAGAGCAGCAAGUGAGGAGAAACACGGCGCGGAGAAGAAGACGCGGUGCUGCUCUGUUUACCGAUCACGAGCUUUUGGACUUUAGGAUGUCUCGCGCGCUCCUGUGUAUUUAACCGACCUAAUGUUGUUAUAAGAGAAAAAAACAAUUUUUUUUUGUUUGUUUUUGUUUUUUUUUCGUCCCCACUCCGAACGAGCCGAGCGCCGAGCGCGCGCGCGAGAUGCCAGCAUGCGCCCGGUGACGCUUCCGCUGCUGCUGUUCGCCUGUCUCGCGCUCCGGAGGCCGGCGGCGUGCGUGGAGCGCGUGUCCACGCGCGAGCGCUUCAAGGUGGUCAUCGCGCCGCUCAUCUGCAAGCGCACGUGCGAGCGCAACGGCCAGUGCCGCGACACGUGCGAGCAGGGCGACAACACGACGCUGAUCGGGGAGAACGGGCAGGCCGCCGACACGCUCACCGGACACGGCUUCAGAGUCGUGGUGUGUCCCCUGACUUGUGUAAAUGGAGGUGUGUGUAGUAACCGUACACACUGUCUGUGCCCACCGGGUUUCACAGGCAGACUGUGUCAGUUUCCUCUCCGCACUCAGGCGUCACGCGGCAACAAGCAGCCGGUCUACACGCUACAGGUGAGGCCAGAUGGUCCAGGUCUGUCAGAUUCGAGUGGACCAGCCGGACGCCAGCAGCUCACACAGACACACUCAGUGUUCACUCUGCCACUGACACAGGGCACCGGCCACCACUCGUCUGAGGUACAGUUUAACGUACGCGUCCACCACUCGCCAGACACCUCAGUCGUCAUCCAACCUUUCGACCAAUCAGAGGCCAAGCUUCCUAAAGGCGUGACCCGCCUUCCUCCACAGACACAAAAGCCAAGGGGGCGGUGCUUUCAGGAGACCACGCCCAAGCAAGCUUGUAGCAGUAACCCUCUCCCUGGCCUGACCAAUCAGGAGGACUGCUGUGGCAGCGUGGGAAAUUCCUGGGGCCAAAACAAAUGUUACAAAUGCCCAAAGCUCCCCUAUGCCGGGAAGCCACAGACGAUAAUCGAGGAAUUCGGCUCCACAUGCCCUCAAGGUUACAAAAGAUUAAACCGAACACACUGCCAAGAUAUUAAUGAGUGUAUGAUGCAGGGGGUUUGUCAGAACGGCGAGUGUUUGAACACACAGGGAAGUUUUCGCUGCACCUGCAAACCUGGAUACGUCCUGAAAGACAGAACACGCUGUGUUGUGUCGGUGGUGGAUCAGGGUCCGUGUUUCCUCAUGGUGACGGAGGCGGGUCGUUGUGAACACGCUCUCUCCACCAACCUGUCGCGAGAGAUCUGCUGCUGCACGGUGGGCAAAGCCUGGGGCUCCAACUGCGAGAGAUGCCCACAGGAUGGCACCGCCUCCUUCAGUAAGAUCUGUCCUGCAGGAAAGGGAAUGUCGUACCUGCACUAUCGCAGCACUUUAGCCAUCCAGACUGACAUCGGGCAGAGCCCGGUCCUACCUCACAAGGAGAUCAAACCACCGGAAGUGCCUGUCCAGGUGACCACGCCCAUGCAGCUCCAGCCAAUCAGCACACACGUCCCUCGCGUCCCAGUCAUCAUUCCCAGGCCUACGACGCGUCCCAUAAUCCACAUUCCCCGGGAGAAAGAGACUCUGGUGGUGGCGCAGACGCAGGUCUCGCAGGUAGACGAGUGCAAACUCAACAGGAACAUCUGUGGUCAUGGAGAGUGUAUAAACACACAUAACGGCUUCACGUGUCAGUGCAAGGCUGGAUACCGUCCUCACACCCAAAGGAAGAGCUGCGUAGAUGAGAACGAGUGUGACUGGGAGCCGUGUGGUCCCGGCCGUGGCACCUGCAUCAACACCGUCGGCUCCUACCGCUGCAACUGUCACCCCGGCAACCAGCUGAUAGGACAUCACGUGAAACCGCGCUGUGUGGAUAUAAACGAGUGCUCUACACCAGAUAUCUGCGGGAGUGGUGGACAAUGUGUGAACCUGCCCGGCUCGUAUAAGUGCGAAUGCCUGCCUGGUUUCAGGAGCAAGUCACGAAGACAACCUGUGUGUGAAGAUAUUAAUGAGUGCUUGGACCCCAAUUCUUGUCCUGAUGCACAGUGUGAGAACACAGUUGGAUCGUACGAGUGUAUUCCCUGCCAGCCUGGACACAAGGUGCAUGGAGGCGUGUGUUACGAUGUGAACGAGUGUCAGAAGAGAGGAGUGUGUGUGAACGGCCGGUGUGAGAACUUACCCGGGACGUACCGGUGUCUGUGUAACGAGGGCUUUCUGCCUGAGGCUGACAGCAAGGGCUGCCGGGAUAUUAAUGAGUGCCAGGACACCCGACUGUGUGCGAAUGGGCACUGCAUAAACACAGAAGGCUCGUUUCAGUGCCAGUGUUACCCUGGAUACCAGCCGACACAGGAGGGCAGCCACUGUGAGGAUAUAAACGAGUGUGAGCGUGCGUCGAACUGCCAGAGGGGGCGAUGCAUCAACACCAUGGGCUCCUACCGCUGCGAGUGCCAGAAAGGAUACAUGCUGGUUAACGGACGCAGAUGCCAAGACAUAGACGAGUGUGAGGUGGAUAGAAGUCUGUGCCAACCCCAUGGAGUGUGUGAGAACAGGCAGGGAGGAUAUGUGUGUGUGUGUGACGAGGGCUUUAUUCUGUCCGAGGACAAGCACAGCUGUGAGGAGGUGGUGCAGGAUGUGGACAGUAAGAAGGAGUGUUACCUGAACCUGGAUGACACGGUGUUCUGCGACAGCGUUCUAGCCACCAACGUGACGAAGCAGGAGUGCUGCUGCUCAGUGGGAGUGGGCUGGGGGGAUCACUGUGAGAUUUACCCCUGCCCCGUCUAUCACUCCGCGGAGUACCUCUCUCUAUGUCCAGUGGGACGAGGCUUUUACCACGAGGAGGGAAUGAUGGAGUACGGCAUGCCAGUGCACAGAGACAUAGACGAGUGUGUGUUAUUUGCAAGUGAAAUCUGUAAGGAGGGUCGAUGCAUGAACACACAGCCUGGAUUUGAGUGUUAUUGUCAACAGGGUUUCUAUUACGACAGCAACCUUCUCGAGUGUAUAGAUGUGGACGAGUGUCACGAUGAGUCUCUCUGCACUAACGGUCACUGCGUGAACACACGCGGCUCCUUUUACUGCACCUGUAACGCCCCGUGGACUCCGGACGCCACCAACAAGAAGUGUGUCAUGCCUACAAACUUAGGCAUAAACGAAUGUCAGGACCCGUCAAACUGUAAAAACGGCCAUUGUGUGGACACGCAGGAUUCCUACUACUGCAUCUGUACGUCGCCCUGGAUCCUCGGCACUGACCGCAACAGCUGCGUCACACCAGAAGAACAGGCCGUAAUGUCUGUGGUGACCCUUUCAGAUGUGAAUGAGUGUCUGGACCCGUCGUACUGCAUGAACGGGAGGUGUGUGAACACUCCCGGCUCCUUCCACUGCAUCUGCGCUCAGCCGCUCACCUUCAGCGCCGCACUCAAGCAGUGCGUCUAUGACGACCGUACAGCAGCCCAUAAGGACGUUUGUUUUCAAGAAGUGGAUGAAGAUCUGAUCUGCACCAUGCCACGGCCGGGGCUGGCAGUCACCUACUCCGAGUGCUGCUGCCAUUACGGCCAUGGCUGGGGUCCCGAGUGCCGCACCUGCCCACAGAGAAACUCAGUGAUCUUUAACAGGCUGUGUGAGAUGCACCUGGAGACCGAGUCAGACGGAGACUCAGACUUUUUAGCACCUUUCAGUUAUAACCCGGAGAGGGACAGUUCAGAGGAAGACUCAGACGAGUGCACCUGUGCUAACGGACGAUGUGUUCGUUCGUACCUGGGUACCAUGUGCGAGUGUAACCCAGGCUUCAGACUGGAUCAUUCACGAAUGCGCUGUGUAGAUAUAGACGAGUGUAUGGAGCGAGGGAUCGGCCGCUUGAACCCGUGUAAAAACGCCCGCUGUGUGAACACUAUAGGUUCUUUCAAGUGCAUCUGCAAAAAUGGCCAUUGCGCCCACAGACACAGCACAAGACAUGUAUACACACACAAGAACACUAAAUAAACACACAGGCACGCACAGACACUCACACACACACACACACAAGCUUUCGCUCAUCCUCGUCCACCCUCCUGUAGUUUACUGUGGUUGAGUUAUUUCUUGUAAACUUUCUUCAUUUUUUUGAUUCAGUUGUCUGAACUGAGGUUCCACAAACGGUUUCUAAUUACAGAGUGAUGGCAUUUUUCUCUGUACAUGUUAAGACUCCCUCCUCCUCCUCCUCCUCAUCUUUGAGUUUUUUUGCACAACCUUGGUCCUGAUAUUUCUGGAUGUGGGAAAAUCUCAUGCCGUUUUAAAUUGAGAAUGCUCUCGAGUGAGUGGAAUAUUUUUUUAAAACUUCUUUUGAUUUUUUUUUUAAGAUGAUGUGAAAUAGACGUUGUACUUUUGACCUAAGAUAAGCCUCAGCUCAGUUAAUAACGAUUGGGAGAGAAUUUUUGGGUAGAGUCUAUUUGCAGUAAGUACAAAUAGCCGUUUUUGCUGCGUGUUCGAUGAUUAUUCAUUAUUUAAAUUAACUGAACGUACGUGGUGUACACUUCAUCCAUGUUCAUAUGAAGCAAAUUUGCAUUUAUUACAUAUUUAUAUGUAUGAAGUUAUAUUAUGCUAUUUACACUUAGUGCAAACAAAAGUGUAUCCAACUAGAUAGCAGUAUAUACAGACUGUAACACUAAGUGCAGAUAGCAUCUUGCCUCAAUUUGCACUAAUUCCUAAAAAAAACGUUGCUAUUCAAACCUAGUGCAGAUAGAUACUGCACAAAAAUUUUGAAAUAAAACGUAUCCAGCUCUUAUUCGAUGCUGGAUUUCAUUGUUCAACAUAAAGUGUCUUUAUUUGUAACAUAUAAAUGCCUGUAUGAAUAUCAGACCUCAAAGUUCUCCAAAUGUUACAGUUCUAGGAAUCGUUGGUACUAAGAACAACACUGCUGCAACAUUUUGGGCUUCAUUUAUGAAUAUUUUACUAAAGAUGUGCGUAAACGUUUUCAUAGGACAAACCGAACAAAAAUUAGCCACGCCCACAAAAGUCUAUAAAAGGCAAAACUCACAGGGAUCUGAAAACAACAAAAUGGCAACUAAGUGGCAAAAGCAAAACGGCCUCCUAAAAUGGCGUGUGGUCUUUUAUAAGGCGCCAUUACUUUUGUCCUAAAUAGAAUGGCUAGUCUUAUUUGUCUUCGUUUAUGGAUUUGUUUUGGAAUCGCUUUCUUUCUAUGAAAGCAUUUUCAGACAGCGAUUUCAGUCAAGCGUUUCCUCAAAUUCAGCUGGUGUUGAGAAGAGUUGUUCUUUAUUUAAAAAAAAAGUUUAAUAUCAUUCAAACUACUAAAAUAUUUUAGAUGGGGGAUGGGGUUAAGUUAGCGCUCGUCGCUUUUCUUGCGAUUUCAUUCACAAAAUCCAGCGAAAUUCUGUGAAAGUUAUCAAACAUCACAAAUUUUGGAAAACAGCUCUCCUGGAAGGUUCUAGUACAUGGACAACUGAACCUCGGCUAACUGUUUAGCUAAAAAAAAACUGUAGUGUAACGUGGAAAGUUAACACGAUCCUUCCACUGAGCAAACCGAUGAAUCCAGCAUUGUGUACUAUAAGCUCUCUGGUCUGCUCUCUUGUUCAAAGAUGUAUUUUUUUUGUACUGCUCCUAAAUCUCAUGAUCCUUAAGAUUUUUUGAGGAUGUUUUUAAUUGUUUACUUCCAUUGUGUAGUUUUGUAAUUUACGAAGUGUGAUGAAGUUGCACAGUGUGAGAAAAGUUUUGACACAAAACAGAACUGAUUCUAUGAGGUGAAGUCAGAGGGCCAAAGAACAAUAAAUCUGAGAUGAAGUGAAACCAAAAGAAAAAAUAAAGAUGUGACUUUAUUUUUCGGAUUUCGGUUCUCUUUCUCCAUCAAGUGUAGCGCAUCUAACCUUCUGUUAUGACAGCGUGCCAAGCGUGGAAACAUCUUCUACCUUAGGGUUGGACGUUUUGAUCCAGUAAUUGGUUUUACAGUCAUAAAUACAUCAUUAGUACAAAUACAACAUGAAAUAACUAUCAUAGUAACGUUUAAGUUUAAUGGUCUCUAAAUUGGUCUCUAAAUCAGCUACAUGACCCUUAAUAAGAAUUUUGUGUAACAUAUUAUUAAUGAAAAGACGUGCGUUCCUCGCUGUUUCCUCUUGCUGUCCCAUACAAGCUCUUUCUCCACCAAUUUGUCCUUAAUGAAAUUUCCGAUUCAUAUCUUACUAAAUAAUGGCAGGUUAUGAUAGCUACGUGUGUUGCUAGCUAAAUGACGUUGCCAUGGAGUUGACAAAUAGUUCUCAUCUCACUUACGUUAUAGCAGCUAUAAACAGUCACUCCCUCACCAGCCUCUCUUUUUUCCUCUAAGACAAGAAAACGCAGGUUCUCGUUACCAAGAAAUCACAAAGCGUAAACUCAAAGUUAUAGCGUCACCUCUGAGUGUAACAAAGCGCUGACACUGGAGACUCCUUCCAUAAAUGCUACCUAAGCGUCUCCUCACAGAAAAUUUAACUAGACCAACGAUUCACUAGAUCAACACCCUCGGACCAAUCAGAUUCAAGAAUUCCCCAUUUCAGCCUAAAGAUUACUUGUGCUUAUGCUUACGAAUGAAAGGAUUAAAUAUUAAAGACUUGUACACCAA